AUGGGUUCGUCGGAAGAGGAUUUCAAAGACGAUCUGUUAACUGCAAUUGGUUUGUCUCCUCGUAACAAUAAUUUAAACACGACUCAGCUAUCACAAAGGUCGACUAAUGAGCGUAGCUGGUUACUUCCUGGGGAAGAUGUUCAAAUUCAAGAAGCGAACAUUGGAUAUAUGUCUCCUAUUGGUAAAAUAAAUGGUCGCGUUUUGGUAACAAACUUCAGGUUGCGUUUUGAAGCCAGGGAUGCGUCUGCUAAACGUAACAAGUGUUGUCAGUUCGAUGUCCCUCUUGGGUGUAUUUCUCGAGUUGAAAAAGUUGGCUACUCAACUGUUAGUUUGGGUGAAGAUUCCUAUGGCUUAGAAAUAACUUGUAAAGAUCUGCGUAAUAUCCGUUUUGUACACCAACCAACGAAUCACAGUCGACGUCCACUUUACGAAAAUCUUCAGAAAUUUGCUUUUCCAGUCACGAAUAAGCUGCCUUUCUUCGCUACUGUUUACAAGCCUGAGUUUACCUUUGAUGGUUGGACGCUGUUCGACACAGUUAAGGAAUUCGAAAGAAUGAAUGUUCCUAACGAAACUUGGAAGAUUACCAAAGUCAAUGACUGUUACGAGCUGGCCGAUACUUAUCCUGCAUUUUUGGCAGUCCCAGCUGCCGCCUUGAACGAAGAACCAGAUUUUUUGGCAAAGGUUGGCAGCUUCCGAAGCAAGCAGCGAAUACCUGUUCUUUCCUGGAUAAACCCUACUACACAAGCCGCUAUAACUCGUUCUUCGCAGCCAAUGGUUGGAGUUACAUCUAAAAAAUCUCCAGAUGAUGAGAAAUACUUACGGAUGAUAGUGGACGCAAACGCUCACGCACAUCAACUCCUUAUUUUUGAUGCCCGGCCUCUGGUAAACGCAAAAGUGAACAAGGCAAAAGGAGGUGGGUUUGAGGACUCGUAUGAUAAUUGUCGUUUGUUUUUUCUGGAUAUCCAAAAUAUCCACGUUGUUCGCGAAUCAUUAAGGAAACUUAAAGAUGCCUCUUUUCCCCGAGUCGAUGAAAAGAAUUGGCUUAGGGCUUUGGAAGAGUCGAAAUGGCUGAGCCACAUACAGACAAUUCUGGAUGGGUCGAAACAGAUCGCUCGCGAGGUUGAGGAUAAUCACGCCUCAGUUUUGGUUCAUUGUAGUGACGGAUGGGAUCGCACAGCGCAAUUGACUGCGUUAGCGAUGCUACAGUUAGAUCCAUUCUACAGAACAAUUAAUGGGUUUGCUGUUUUAACUGAAAAAGAAUGGUGCAGUUUUGGACACAAGUUUGCUCAAAGAGUGGGACACGGCGAAGACAAGCAUAGCGAUGCGGAACGUUCCCCAGUCUUUGUUCAAUUUAUUGACUGCGUAUGGCAGUUGCUUCGCCAGUUUCCUUACGCUUUCGAAUUUAAUGCAUCGUUUUUGAUUACUAUUCUUGAUGAACUUUACUCUUGCCGCUUUGGGACUUUCUUGUACAAUACCGAAAAGCAGCGACAUCGUGAACAAGCAGUUAAGAAAAAUACUGUUUCUUUAUGGUCGUACAUAAAUGAUAACAAGGUAGCGUUUUUGAACCCUUUGUAUAACCGUUACCCGCGCUAUAUUGACAUUCUCCGUCCUAAUACAAAGAUGGCACAAAUUCAGACUUGGAAGGAGUAUUAUUUCAGACAUAAUCCUCGAGUUGUUGCGCAGGACCGCGUGGACAUAGAAAUGCUUUUGAAUGAAAAGCUUUUACUUCGUUUGGAAGCGCUCACUGCGAAGAUCGAGGAGCGUGGACAAGCCGUUAAUAAGGAUACCUCUUUGGCAGCCAGUCGAAGUAGCCCUUCAGCCCCACUAAGGCAGUAA